UGCACGCGCCAGAGGAGCGGGAGAAGAACCUGGAAAAGAAAGAAACAUGUUGGAGAUUGAAAGCACUGAAACUGGAGCUAAAAAGCCGCUUCAGACCACAACAACAGCGGAAUACUGCGCAGAGUUACAGCUGUGGAUGUGGCAGUAUUACUGCGGCUAUGCGCGCUGGCACCGCUGGGUGGCGCUCUUAGCGGUCCCCGUCUCUUUUGCUCCGCCGGCGACGGGUGCACAAACUCCGGCUGCGGCUGGUCCGAUUUCCGACGGUGGACAGCAGCAGGUGUUGGACACACGAACCUGGUACAGUCCCACUUAUCCUGACCCUGGUUCUCAUCAGGAACAGGCUGAAAGCAGGACAGGCCGGCAGCACAGUCCUCCACAGCCAGGACAGGAGUUCAAAAUCCCCUCAGCUCUUCAGAGGUUCCUCGCAGAGACAGUUGACUUCUUUAUCCUGUUUUGCGUCAAGGCUACCAUUGUGUUGUGGACAAUGCAUCUGAGUGGGAUGAAGAACAUUGGUAAAUUUAUUUCCCAUUUCAUUGUGGUGGAGAUAGACGAGAACACGUCCAUGGAGGACCUGCGGAAGAUGGUGGUUGUAGUUCUGUUGUACAGGGUGCUGGUGUGCAUCUAUGAGAUUGUUUGUAUUUGGGGAGCCGGUGGAGUGACACCAGGAAAGUUCCUGCUGGGUCUGCGGGUGGUGACAUGUGACACGUCCACUCUGGUCCAACCCAGUCGUGUCCUGGUGGUUCCAGCUUCUAAUGUCUCCCUCUCUGCGUCUACAGUGAGGGCGCUGAGUAAGAACUUCUCCAUUGCCUUCCUUUUUCCCGUGUUUGUCACGCUCCUCGUCUUCCAGCACAACAGGAUGGUGUACGACAUCGUGGCAGGAACCAUUGUUGUGCAGCACAGAGAGGGCAGGUAGCCCCGCCUCACAUUCUUAUAGCUGUCAGAAGACUGAACACACAGAUGAACUAGAACAACCUGUUUCUUCUCCGGGUCUUGAUGUAAUGAAUCAAAGUUAGGUGUGUGUGUGUGUGUGUGUGUGUGUGUGUGUGUGUGUGUGUGUGUGUGUGUGUGUGUGUGUGUGCGUGCGUGCGUGCGUGCGUGCGUGCGUGCG